AUGGCCUAUGUCAGUGUACCCUUCCCAGGCGGCGCAUCCCCAAUGAUGCCCGUCCAAUCGUUCCCUCCGGUCGUUGGCUCCCCAAGCCCGACCGUCUCACAAAGUCAGAUCCAGCCUGGUGCGAUCACAUACACAACGACCACCGGCCCCGAUGGACAGGUCACCUACCACCCAUUCAGGGCUAUUGCUGCAAGCUAUCAAACAUCUCAGGGUGUUGUCAGUGGUAUCCAAUGGGUACCAGCCGAGGCUACGCAAGUACUCCCGGUCGGUGCUACGCCAGCUACCUCGGACAUCAUGGCGUCUUUCAACCGUCAAGCUGACAAAGAAUGGCAACGCGAAGAGGAGCGGCGUCGCAGGAAGGAGGCCGAGCGCCGCGACAGAGAGCAUCAUAGGACCUACUCGCGUGACGACGACAAAGACCUCCGUCGGGCCCGCGACAAAGAUCGCGAGCGCGAGCGCCAGAGGGAGCGCAGGCUCAGCAACACGUACGGCAGUGGGUAUUCCCCAUAUGAGCCCGAUCGCAAACACAGCGCCACUGCAGAUCUCGAGCGCCGUUUCCAGGACCUCGACGUCGACCGCCGCGAACGCGAAUACGAGAGGGAACGCAGACCCAGCACAGGUUUCGGCGGCGGCACGCGGUCUCGUCGGAACUCUACCUACGGCGAUCGUCCUGCUGGAUAUCAGCCUGCUCCGGGUGGACCGUACCCCACACCUGCGGGCGCAUAUCCACCAUCCUCAACUGCAUAUGCAUCGCCGCAGAGCACUUACAGCAACCCAUACACUUCCCCGCAAGCUCCGUACCAGAAGCCCAGUCCGUAUGCGACGCCCUCCCCUCGUCCUGGUGAGGUUAUACCUCCACGCCCCGUCUCGCCGUAUCAGGUUGGUGGGAUCCAGCGCCCAGUCUCACCUUAUCAACAGGGUGGUCUUGGGCGCCCUGUGUCCCCUUACCAGAAUCCCGGAGGCGUACAGCGUCCUGUCUCUCCUUACCAUAAUCCUCGCCCUGUGUCACCCUAUCAGAUGGGCGCCAUACAACGUGCUGCAUCCCCGAGGCCUCUUCCAGGCGCAUACCCUACUACCGGUGAAGGCCAGGGCAUCAGACCGUCUAUUUCUCGGGUUCCCAGUCCUUCACCUUACCCGCCUCCUCCUGCAAUGUACGCCAACAGUGCUGCUGCUCAGUAUGGUGCACAGUACGGGCAAGGUGCUCCUCAGUACACGGCCAAUGUUGGAUAUGCUCAGGGUUAUCCGGCAGGCAUAGCUGCCGACCAGCAACAAGCAAUACUUGCUGCGCCCGAAGGCUUUUCGCGCCCUCCCAAUCUGGCACAGCCAUAUACCCACUUCGAGAUCAUGAAAAUCCAGGACAUGGACGACUUCUUGGAAGUCAUUCCCCGCAUGCCACUUGUUCUCGUACCCCACGAUGUUUACCAUGAAGACUGGAUUCGUCUCAUGAAUGACCUCUCGUUGGCCUGGUCCGGGCGACUGCCGGUACCAGAGUACGCACGCGACGGGCGCCCGCCGAAGCGGACCAACCUCACUACAGACCUCAUCGAUCUCUGGAAUGUCUCGUUCUUUUUGGCCCGUGGUGUUGAACUCGUACUGUAUAAGGGUCGCGAGCGGCGUUCGGGCCGCAGCAUAGGCACCGUCGACUUGCAUCUUCCUGGCUUUGACACGUACGAGUCGGUGUCGUCGGACGAUUCGGAAGAUUCCGACGACUCCGACGACUCUCAGGACGACAGGUACGGAUAUGGUGCAUAUGCGGGCGUAUACGGGCGCCAAGUGGAGGGGCAGAUGGCUGAGGUCCGUGAGGCGAGACGCGUACGCCGCGAGAAGAAAGCAGAGCACAGGAAGCGCAAGAUCGAGAAGAAGCGGAGACAGAAGAUGAAAGAGAUGGAGAGGAAGUAUUCCCUCUAUCUAACUUGCACGUCCCCGCGAGAAGGUGGCCUGGUUCCACAGAUGUGA